ACCACCAAUAUUUUAGUGGCUCAGUAAUAUUACACCAACAUGAUCAUACCACGAACAAUGAACCACCAUAAUCGCACUGGCUCAAUAGCAUCACACCAACGUCAGCAUACCACCAAUAUCAUACCACCACUAUUACAGUGGCUCAGUAACAUUUUACCAACAUCAUCAUACUACAAACAAUAAACCACCACAAUCGCACUGGCUCAUUAGCAUCAUAGCAUGCCACAAACGUCAUCCCACCAAUUCAUAAUGGCUCAAUAUCAGUACAACUAUAUAUGUCAUACCGCAUUCGUCAUACCACCAAUAUUACAGUGGUUCGGAAAAAUUAUACCAACAUCAUCACACCACAAACAAUAAACUACCAUAAUCGCACUGACUCAAAGGCAUCAUGCAAACGUUAGCAUACCACAAACACCAAACCACCAAUAUCGCAACGGCUCAAUAUCAAUAAGCCAAUAUCAUCAUACAGCAUUUGUUAUGCCACCAAUAUUACAUUGGCUCAGUAACAUACCAACAUCAUCAUACCACAAACAAUAAACUACCAUAAUCGCACUGGCUCAAUGGCAUAAUUCCAGCGUUAACGUACCACCAAUAUCACAAUGGCUCAAUAUCGGUAUACCAAUAUCAUAUCGCAUGUCAUACCACCAAUAUUAAAGUGGUUCAGUAACAUUAGGCCAACAUCAUCAUACCACAAUCAAUAAACCACCAUAAUCACACUGGCUCAACAGCAUCAUAGCAACAUUAGCAUACCACAAACGCCAAACCACCAAUAUCGCAACGGCUCAAUAUCAGUAGACCAAUAUCAUCCGCAUGCCGCAUAGUCAUACCACCAAUAUUACAGCGGCUACGUAACAUUAUACAGAACCAACAUCAUUCCACAAACAAUACACAACCAUAACCGCACUGGCUCAAGAGCAUCAUAUCAACAUUAUCAUACCACAAACGUCAUAAAACCUAUGUUACAAUUGCUCAAUAUUACACCAAUAUCAUACCAUAAACGUCACACCACCGAUGCCACAAUGGCUCAAUAUCAUUAUACCAACAUCAUCACACCAACAUUGCCAUACCAAUAUUAUACUGGCUCAACGUCAUCAUACCAUCAACAUGAGCACGUAGUACAAUCAUGCCAACAUCAUCAGUUUAACUCAAGACGUGAACAUCUAACGACCCCAUCCAUAACCCAACAUCAAAUGAAUCCACCAUCUCACUAACUCUAAUAAUAAUGCAGCACAUCAGUCCAUGCAAGGCAUGAUUCAUCAGACCACAACAUUUGUAACAUAUUACAUACGUUCAUCAGUUUAUCUGCCUGUGUAUUUCAAGCCAUGCAAAGCAAACAAAACUGUUUCCAACCAAUGCCCAAACAUUGUGUUUAGUUUAUUGUCCUUCCCCUGCACCUCCGAUUAGUACAGUUGACCACGUACGGUGCGAAAGAAGUUCAACAUACGUACAGACAUUCCAGUGCACAUCCACACUGGAUUCGCACGCACACCAUCAUCAGCCAUGGUCAAUCAACUGCGCGACAUAAGCCACUUCAUUUUUAACCUUAGUGGUGGCUUCUCAGAUUCACUGUUCGAAUUUACAAUGUAAGUACCUAAAACCAGUGCCCUUGCUAUGAAGCAUUGUGCUGUUUCUGCGUGCAUAAGCAAGUCCCAUCCCGUCUGUGUAGAAGCAGAAUAAUACUCGGAAGUACGUCAGCUCAGAUGACUGGAGGGGGCACCCGGUGUAAACUCGCCACUCAGUGUGCAUCUUGCCAGUUUCAGCAACAUUUUGACACUUUGGGUCCAUCACGUGUUCAACUUGUGGCUGGCAUUUGUUGAGCCGCACACCGUUAACGAUCCCUAAGAGAACGCAUUUAUUCCGAGAUGGAUGAGGAAAUUAAUCUUUUGAAAGAAGAAGACGACGAAAAGGGCCGCUCUGUGAGCAUCGACCUGCAGGGUGAGCCCGCGCUGCGCGUGUCUAUCACGGACGCCGUGAGCGAGCGAGACCGGGUCCUCUUCACGGUGUGCACCAAGACAAUUUUGCCAGCCUUCAAGAACAGCAAGGUGUGUGUGUCGCGCCAGCACGAAGACUUUGUGUGGCUGCAUGACUCAUACGUGGAGAACGGAACCUACGCGGGCUUCAUUAUCCCCCCAGCGCCACUGCGACCCGAUUUCUCAGCCUCGCGCGAUAAGCUGCAUAGGCUGGGUCAGUCCGAGGGAACGAUGACAAAGGAAGAAUUUUCCAGAAUGAAACAAGAAGUGGAAGCUGAGUAUCUGGUGGUGUUUAAGAAGACUGUGGCCAUGCAUGAGGGCUUCUUGGUCCGGCUGGCUACACACCCUGUCCUCAGCCAGGACUCCAACCUACAGGUCUUCCUCGAGUACACGCAUGAGUUGAACGUGCGGGGCAAGAAUAAGAAGGAGAUGCUGGGAGGAUUCUUCCGGAACGUUGUGAAGUCUGCAGACGAGCUGGUCGUCUCCGGAGUUGAGGAUAUCGACGAGUUCAUGGAGCAUGAGAAAGUCUUCUUGGUGGAUUAUCAUUUGCGAAUCAAAGAUGCCACCACUAAGGCUGACAAAAUGACAAAAGCACACAAGAACAUCGCAGAGGACUACCUCCACAUCUCAGCCAGCUUCACCAGCCUGGCCACACAGGACUCCAGGAACCUUAGCAAGUUAUACCUUUGUAUUGCUGAUGUGCUGGAAAAAACAAGGAAACUAGAGGGACGGGCGGCUUCUGACCAAGACCUGAAGCUCUCAGACCUGUUUCGAUAUUACAUGAAGGACUCGCAAGCUGCCAAGGACUUGCUGUACCGGCGGACUAGGGCUCUCGUAGAUUACGAGAACGCCAACAAAGCACUGGACCGCGCACGCACCCGCAACAAGGACGUUGCUGCAACCGAAAGCCAGCAACAAACCUCCCUCCAGCGCUUUGAAAAGCUGUCCUCUACUGGAAAGCAGGAGCUGAAGGAUUUCAGGUGCAGGCGAGUGCUGGCAUUCCGCAAGGGGCUGGUGGAGCUUACAGAGCUUCAGCUCAAACACUGCAAGGCAAAUCUGCAAGUCCUACAAAUCUGUCUGGGCCAGAUACAAGAUGCUAACUGACAGAUGUCAUCUUUGGGAUAAAUGAUCGCAUUCCAACAUUAACUUUGAAAGUGCUGUCUUACUGCAUCGGCAUUAAAGUCUUCACCCAAAAACAUGUUUAAUUAAAAGAGGAAACAUACAUUUAUAUAAAACGCUCUCCAUUGAAGUAACAACAACCCAGCUGUGGAUUAAGAUUGUGAUAAGGGCCAGUACAUUGCUCAUAUGUUUUAAACGCCCUUGAGAGUUAUGCUUGAUUACAUACCGCAUUGCCAGGCACCAAGGAGCGCUCUAUUGAUAAGACACACAUUCUGUUCUUUGGGACCCAGAUAGUGCCUGGACAUCCGGUUUUUUAGCCAUACAACUGCAAUCGCUAUACUGUAUAGCCAACCUAUCCGUGCAUUAAAGUAGUACACAUUUAGAUUUGUGCAUAUCCAAUUUAAUAUUAACUUUCAAUUUUUAAACUAAUAAUGAUCAAUCCUUGAACUGCAAUAUUUCAUUUGUGUUAUCAAUUUAAUUGUGUUUGCAUACACAGUAUGUAUUUUUUUACAGGAGCUUUACAUUACUUGGUUUAAUUCUACAUUUACUAUAAAAGGUAUGGAUAAAGACAAGAGACUAUAUGUUAAAUUAAUAAAUAAUUGUGCGAUAUUUCUUAUGUGAAAACAUACCAUGUAGUACUAUACUCCAUUAGUUUUUAAGUAAAAACACAUUUUGGAAAUAAGUCUGGAGUGAUAUUUGUCAAAUAAAAACCGUGGAAACUA